GGCAAGAAAUUCAGUAGAUGGUGUGGAAGAAGAAAUGGUGGGGAAUGCAUCAGAAUUUCUUAUGGGAAUUAGCAAUGUUAAGAUCCUUUACUUAUCAUCUCACACUCUUGAGGGACUUCAUUACAGAGAUACAAAUCAAUGUUGGGACGAGAGAUACCGCUUCAAAGACACAAUGAAAUGUUUUGAGGAUGCAGACAGGUGUGUGUGCAAACCUUGGGAAGGGACUCCUAUCUGUCUAUCAUCAAGUCCGGUGAAGAAUAUAGAGAUGCUUGAAAAAGUAGCCUCACCCAAAUGCAAGAUUCAAGUAAUCUCUGAUAACAUCAGCUUCUCAUCUACUGUGCACUCUUCCUCGUCGGCAAUUCCUUUGUUUUUGCGUUUAGCUGCUGAAAAUCCUCUGAUUGAAUUUGAAGUAGUGACGCAAGCUCACAUCAUGGUUCAGCGUGGUGUAGUAGAGUUUGAUCUGUACAUCACUUCGGAAUACGAAUAUCCGCUGCCUCCAGAGGUCUUGAUGACCAAGACAUUGGUUAGGCUGAAAUUAGCAGGAACAGAUGAGUUCACCGUUGAUGUUGGUGAGGUUUUUCUACCAAAGCUUAAGACUUUGCAUUUGACUGCUAUUUCGUUCGGUGAUGAGGGUGGUCCUCCAUUUGCCAAGCUGAUUUCUGCUUGUCACGCCCUUGAGGAGCUAGUUAUGAUUAAAAUGAUGUGGGAUUACUGGGAAUUUUGCUCUGUGUCCAACCCAUUCCUCAAGAGAGUAACAAUUGAUUGUGAGAACAUUGAUGAGAAUCCAAAGAGUGUCUUUGAUGCAAGAGAUUUAGUAAACAGCCAUCAUGGUUAUAAAAGAUGUAAGGGCGCAAAUGCAGCAGAUUUUAUGAUGGGAAUAUGCAAUGUUAAAACCAUGUACUUAUCGUCCGAGGCUCUUGAGGAUUACAGCUUCAAGGACACAAACGAAUGUUAUGGCGAUCAAGGUGACACAUGUCAGUGCAAACCUUGGUACGGGACUCCUGUUUGGCUAUCAUCAAGCCCAGUGAAGAUACUAAAGCGUCUUCUCCACAAGUAUAACAAGGCAUGUGGAAACGUGUGCUGUUGUAAACGUCCGAAGCAUCCUUCUUGCCUUUCAUCUUCUCCGGUGAAGGUUCUUAAGAUAUUUCUGUUUGAAGACAACGAUGAAGAAGACGGGUCAGAAAUGCGGCAGAUCAAGUAUUUCUUGGAGAAAAUGCCGCGUCUUGAAGAGUUGAUAGUAUACUACAAUACAUCAUAUGACCCUGCUGUGUUAGAAUUAUCCAAGAAGCUUCAGAAGAUUCCUAAGAUAGCUUCACCAAAGUGCAAGAUCCAGGUAAUCUCUGAGAAUCUUAGUUUGUCAUCUACUGUGCCUUCUUUCUUGACAACGAAUUGGUCUGCUCUUCCUCCUGAAGAAGAAUAUCCCUGGGUUGAGUCUCCUCCUCCUCCCGUGUAUGACUUUGCUCCUUCUCCAGAUGAAGAAGAUUACUGGUUCUGAACUCAAAGCAAUUAAAGAUUUCCUCUGUUUCUGUCGUUUGUACUUUUGCACUCUGGAUUUUGUCCUUUUUGAAAAUGUCAAAACUUUCUGUGGUGUUAAAACUUAAAACUGUUGUUCCAGGCAUGGACGUGGCUUGGAGAACCUUAUUAUAGUGUGAACGCAGAUAUCUUCGAUUUUUCUACUGGUCCUUGACAAGAAUCAUACGACUUGGUUAAUGUAUGAGAUAAAUAAUUGAAUAACAA